UUCUUGCGAGUUGAAUUGAGUUGUCAUACAACCGGUGAACCGGAUAUUCAGACUAUAGACAGUAGGCCUAGUUAAGAACAAUAAAAAUUCAGUGAAAACUAUUUCAAAUGGGAAAUGUCGUAUAAGAAUUUGACAGAAAAUGUUACUCGUUUAGUCAAGUCUUUGCCUAGUACUCUGUCAGUAAAGCCGCUAAAAGGGAGAGUCUCUUCCUGGAUAUAUCUUAAAAAUAAACAAUACGAGGAGAUUGUUGGUCUGACGGAAGUAAAGGCAGCACAGAAUCGUGUUUUGCUGUCAGAACAAAAAUUUAUCAAGUCUCAGGAAGACAGACGAGAUCUACAAAGAAAAAUAAGUCUUGUACAACUAAAAUUACAUGAACUUCAUAUUGAACUAGAUCGAGUUCCACGGGGGGAUGAUAAAUAUCUUGCUCUCAUUACCCAGGAACACUCUGUCAUCAAGGAAGAAAAACUUCUAAAAGAAGACUUACAGUUGCUAGAAAAAGAAGAACGAGAAAAUUUUGCUAUCUUGUCACAUACUGUAAGAGAUUCUCAUGAAAAAGAAAGAGCACAAGCUGAAAAAACUAAAUAUUGGUCAAUUAUUGGAUCAGUUAUGGGUACAAUUGUUGGUGUUCUUGGAUCCACAAUCAACAAUCAUUUGAAAAUGAAAGAGCUCAGAGAAUUGGUUGAAAAUGCAACUAAAAACAACCACAUACUUAUGAAUCCAGAAGAACUAUCAACACAUAUUUCUUCUGCUGUACAGCAACAUUUGCAAGCACCUCAAACAAGUCAAGAUGUUUUCGAAGGAAAAUGGAAGGAGUUAAAAAGUUCCUUGUUACAAACAAUACAGCAUGAAUCUGAGGGCCAAAAAAAAUCCCUCAUAGAACUAAGCCAGCAAUUCAAAGCCUCAAACAAUACUGUGGUCAGCAUGGACAAUGUAAAUACUAUGGAUGUAGAAAACUUUUUUUGUACAGCAGAGCAAAACAUGAAAACUUUAUUAGAUCAGCAAGCACAGCAUAGUAAUAAACUCUUUGCCAUCAGUGUUAUUCUAAUUCCAACUUGCACUUGGGUGUUAUGCAAGCUUUUAAAUCUUUAAUUUACAUAUCCUCUGUGGGGUAGGAAAAUAAAUUUGUAAACUGUAUUUUAAUAGAGUAAAUCUGAUUCUGUAAUACGAAGCAUUAUAUCUUGUUUAAAACAAAUAACUGAUACUAAUACGGAAAAUUACAACCGGUAAACUUG